GUCCAAUCCUCAUUUGCUAGAAUCACCAACUUCUCUUCCUUGACAAGUUCCUCACUUCAAACCUUCAAUCACCACUAACACAUUAUACUUGCUACUUUAAUUAAGGUGUCUUCAUCUUCUUCAAGGAUACAAGAAAAUAUGAGCUGGACAGGCGGAGACUGGAUGUGUGCUGCAUGCCAACACCAGAACUUCAAGAAAAGAGAAGCUUGUCAACGUUGCGGAUACCCGAAAUAUGGAGGCCCUGACGUGUCGACAUAUUUGUACAAUCGGACGGAGGUUUUGGCCGGAGACUGGUACUGCACUGCCAUGAAUUGUGGAGCUCACAAUUACGCCAGCCGUUUGAAUUGCCAUCGUUGUGGGGCAAUGAAAACUGGUUAUGAUUGUGGGUAUGGGGGUAACAUGAUGAAUACUGGAGGAUAUGGAUCCGAUGGCAGCGUCCCGCCCGGAUGGAAGUCCGGUGACUGGCUUUGCAACAGAUGUGGAGUGCACAAUUAUGCUAGCAGGGCAGAAUGCUUCAAAUGCAAAACACCAAGGGACUAUGGCGGUGCAGUUUGAAGAAGGUGGCAGUUCUGGAAGAUUCUCUCUUGCAAUAUCGAAAAUAGAAACUUUAAUUAGUCUUUCCUCUUCGUAGAAGAUAAAAUAAGCUUUAGGUUGUUGGACCACGGUCGAAUACCUGUUUGCAAUUUUUUUUUAUUGUUAAGUAAGCACGAUGAGGGAUUCGAACUUGGAUUCCACCAAGUCGAGUAUAUGUCUUGACCGGCUAAGGGGUUGUUGGCUAGCUGCAAAAUGAAAUAUUGCCUUGUAUUUGCAUUUGAAUUUAUAAAGGUUUCUCCGGCUUUUCGCA